AGCUUUACUUAUUUUACCUAGAGUUGAAACAUUUUGAAAAAGAUCCUCAGUUUUAAUCUUUCAUCAUUUUGGCUCUUACCUGAAGUGAAGUUUGGUUGAACUCAGUUGAUUUAAUCUCUCAAUAUGUAUGAAACCAAUCUGAAAUGAAAUUAUACUUGGCGUAUUUUGUGUUGUUAUAUGUGCACUGACCCAGUUCAUGUAUUUUCAGGAUGUUUAAAGACAUGUUUUCCUAUUAAUCUGAACAGAAACUGAGGAGAUAGAAAUGGAUAAAGCCAUGAUGAACCAUCAUUGAAUUCUGUGGAAUCCACUCAAGUGUAAUUCACCUUUCACAUUACCUUAUUUGAUAUUUAUUUAUAGAAACUCAUGUCAUCUUUGUUGUGGGAGGGUGGCAGAGGUGAAUGUUUAUUUUCUGCAUUGCAUUAUGUCCUUACAACAGGAUAAUAUAUUUGGGCCUCGAUUAAUUACUAUAGGAGUUAAAUUUGAUUUAAAAAUUACAAUAAUAUAAACAAUCCUAAUAAAAAUCAUGACCAAUCCUACCUGUACAAAAUGAAGUAAAAUCCCAAGAUGUGUACUCAUGACAGACUAUUGAUUGUUGCUAGUUCCUCUUUUAAAUAAUUGAAUUGAUUAGAUACUUCUAAAGUAUUUCUUGGCCUCAGUUUUCCUUCUAAUAGCCUAAUUCUUUCCUUUAUUUUGCAGGUAUAAGCACAAAAUAAAGUAGGUCUGUUGUUUAUGUCAUUUUAUGAGCCAUAUAACUUAGAGAAAUAGUUUUUUUAUUUUAUAAUUGGUGUUGCUAACCAACAUUUACAUUUUGUAGUUUAUUGAUUUGUUGGGACAAAUAAUGUACAUUUUGAAUUCACAAAUCACACUAUUCGUCAGAGAUAAAUUUCAUUGCCAAAGAAUACAAGAUGAUUAUAGUAAAUUUACAUUACUUGGGGUAGUGAUUUUUAAACGUUAGUAUGCAUGAGAAUCACUUAAAGACAAAGAUUGAAGUGCAGAUUUCAGUUAGCACCCCCAGAGAAUUUGAUUCAAGAUCUAGAGGGAAGACCAGGAGUUGACUUUGAAAAAAAAGCAACCCAAGACUCCCAAGUAAUUAUUUAUGCAUAUGGUUCACACACUAUGGUUUGAGAAACACUGACUCCACCUCAAAGUCUUUAUAACGCUCAGAUUUGGGGAAUAGUAUUGCCUGUAUGUUAUAUUGAAGUUAUCAAUUUGAACGCGUGGUGGCAGUGCAGGCUAAGAGAGUGAAUAAAGCUCUGCAGAUUCGGUGGACUCCAUUUUAUUCAGAGACCCUCUCUCCCCUCAAAUACAGGACACAUUUACAGCUAGAGCAAAGUUAGAAGUAUUCAGGAAGGCAGUCGUCACCAGAGAAGUUAUAAGACAAAUUCGAAAUUCAACAGCAAAGAGAUUACGGAGGGUAGAUGAUGGACGUGGUGAUUGGGGCUGGAAAAGGAUUUUUUCCUCUGGAAUCAGACCUAAUAGAAAUGGCGCAAACAAAAGUACAUCGCAAGAAAAGGCAAGUGACUAUCCUCAUUAUAUGGAUGAUUUUGUGGGAAGUGGGUUCAGAAUCGAUUCAAUAUUCUGUCCUGGAGGAGACAGAAAGUGGCACGUUUGUGGCCAAUUUGACAAAGGAUCUGGGACUCAAGAGAGGAGAGCUGGCUGAGCGGGGUGCUCAGGUCGUUUUCAAGGGGAACAGACAGCAUUUGCAGCUUGACUCACAGACUUAUGAUUUGCUGCUAAAUGAGAAACUGGACCGGGAAGAGCUGUGCGGUUCCACUGAGCCCUGUGUGCUACCUUUCCAAGUAUUACUGGAAAAUCCCUUGCAGUUUUUUCAGGCUGCUUUACGAUUACUAGAUGUAAAUGACCAUGCCCCAGAAUUCCUGGAAAAUGAAAUCCUCCUGAAAAUCUCGGAAAGCAGCCAUCCAGGGACUGCAUUUCCUUUGAAAAUAGCUCAAGAUUUAGACGUGGGCAGUAACACAGUUCAGAACUACACUAUUAGCACCAACUCCCAUUUCCACCUUUUCACUCUAAAUCACAGUGAUGGCAGGAGAUACCCUGAGCUGGUGCUGGACAAAGCUCUGGACCGUGAGGAGCAGUCAGAGCUCAGGUUAACGCUCACGGCGCUGGAUGGUGGGUCACCUCCGAGAACUGGGACUUCUCAGGUUCUCAUUGUAGUCCUGGACAUAAAUGAUAAUGCCCCUGAAUUUGCUCAGCUGCUCUAUGAGGUCCAGGUCCCAGAAAACAGCCCUGUAGGUUCCCUUGUCAUCACCGUGUUUGCUACAGAUUUAGAUGCUGGGACCUAUGGAGAGUUAUCCUACUCAUUUUUCCAAUCCUCAAAUCAAGUGAUUCAGGCCUUUGAAAUAAACGCAGUCACGGGGGAAAUUCGAUUAAAAAAAACGUUGGAUUUUGAGGAAAUUCGAUCUUAUCGUUUGGAAAUUGAGGCCUCAGAUGGUGGGGGUCUUUCGGGAAAAUGCACUAUAGCUAUAGAAGUGAUGGAUGUAAACGACAACGCCCCCGAACUGACAAUGUCAGUACUCAUCAGUGAUAUCCCAGAAAACACCCCUGACACCGUCGUCGCGAUUUUCGGAAUUUCAGAUCCAGACUCCGGGGAAAAUGGCAAAAUGAUGUGUACCAUCCAAGACCAUCUCCCCUUCUUUCUGAAACUUACUGUAGAAAAUUUCUACACUUUGGUGACUGAAAGAGCGCUGGAUAGAGAGAGCCAGGCCGAUUACAACAUCACCAUCACCGUCACUGACUUGGGGACCCCCAGGCUGAAAACGCAGCACAACAUAACCGUGACGGUGUCCGACGUCAACGACAACGCCCCCGCCUUCAGCCAAACCACCUACACCCUGCGCGUCCGCGAGAACAACAGCCCCGCCCUGCACAUCGGCAGCGUGAGCGCCACGGACAGGGACUCGGGCGCCAACGCCCAGGUCACCUACUCGCUGCUGCCGCCCGCGGACCCGCAGCUGCCCCUGGCCUCCCUGGUGUCCGUCAACGCGGACAACGGGCAGCUGUUCGCGCUCAGGUCCCUGGAUUACGAGGCGCUGCAGGCGUUCGAGUUCGGCGUGCGCGCGGCCGACCGCGGCUCGCCCGCGCUCAGCAGCCAGGCGCGGGUGCGCGUGCUGGUGCUGGACGACAACGACAACGCGCCCUUCGUGCUGUACCCGCCGCAGAACGGCUCUGCGCCCUGCACCGAGCUGGUGCCCAGGGCGGCCGAGGCGGGCUACCUGGUGACCAAGGUGGUGGCGGUGGACGGCGACUCGGGCCAGAACGCCUGGCUGUCGUACCAGCUGCUCAAGGCCACGGAGCCCGGGCUGUUCGGCGUGUGGGCGCACAACGGCGAGGUGCGCACGGCCCGGCUGCUGAGCGAGCGCGACGCCGUCAAGCACAGGCUGGUGGUGCUGGUCAGGGACAAUGGCGAGCCGCCGCGCUCGGCCAGCGUCACGCUGCACGUGCUGCUGGUGGACGGCUUCUCGCAGCCCUACCUGCCGCUCCCGGAGGUGGCGGCGGCCGAGGCGCGGGCAGACCCGCUCACCGUCUACUUGGUCGUCGCCUUGGCGUCCGUGUCGUCGCUCUUCCUGUUCUCGGUGCUGGUGUUCGUGGCGGUGCGGCUGUGCAGGCGGAGCCGGGCGGCGUCUGCGGGUCGCUGCUCGGGGCCUGAGGGCCACUUUCCGGGCCACCUGGUGGACGUCAGCGGCGCGGGGACGCUGUCCCAGAGCUACCAGUAUGAGGUGUGUCUUCGGGGAGGCUCGGGGACCAGUGAGUUCAAGUUUCUCAAGCCCAUUUUCCCCAACUUCGUGAGUGAAGCAGCUGGUAGGGACGCCGAGGAAAACUCUAAUUUUACAAAUAAUUUUGGGUUCACUUAGGCAUCUCACCUUAAGGGGAGAUAUAUGAUAAUACUAACUAAUGUAUUAUUAGUUCUCAACCUGUUCAUUCACAUAAAGAACUACAUAUUCACACAAUAAUUAUUGUCAUAUUUAUAGGUAUUUCAGCCUAUUGAAGUAUUUUACGUUCUGAAUCUCUGGGUUUUUGUUGUUGGUGGUGGUGUUUUUAGCCAGCUCACAUUUUGCAUGUUCAUACAAUAGGGGAGAAAUGGUGUAUCUGUUUUGUGGGGGAAGAUUUUUGGAGGUCAGAAAUGUUUUCAGGUUCCUGAUGUUUGAGCUUGUUCACUAAUAUCUUGUUAUGGCUAAGAGAAUUGUGUUUUCUGAUUAUCAUUAGCAUAGAGUAUUGUAAAUCAUGACUUCCAAUUUUAAAAAUACUUUUCAUUUAUACAAAUGAAUUAUACUUUUCAUUUAUACAAACAAAUUUUGUCACGUUAGAAAUUGUUAGAUUUCUGUAGUAGUGUUUUGUCUUGCCUCAAAGGAACUAAUAUUUUAUCUGGGUGUCGUCUAAGUUGAGUAUUGUCUUUCAAAAUUGAUCUCUUUGGACUAUACCAUCUGAUACAAUUUUAAAGAAUUCAAUCCCUGUUAAAUAGGAAAAAAAUGUUGGUAGACUUAUGAUUACUUUUUCAAAAUAAAUGAUUUGGGUAUGUAAA